AUGUCUUUGUUGUCGCAAACCCCAGAUCGCCCAUACCUACCUUUCCGUGGUGUAAAGAACGACGACACAGCCUUUCUGCCACUCAACUCCGGAUUAAGAGAGAUACGAUGCGUCAUCUUGCUACCUGGAUCCGGUGACGACCCUAUCGAAUGUGAAUUGGUGUACACCAACAUAGACGAGAAGUCUGAUGAUCGCACACCGUAUGUCGCGCUAUCCUACUGCUGGGGAGCCGUUGAGGAUACCGUUGAGAUCCAAUUAUAUAGCCCAUCGACAAGCCCAUCCAGCGCACGUAAGGAGCCAACCAGGGCGCCAUUUCGAAUCACACAGAACCUCUUCGUCGCACUUCAAGCCUUGCGGAACGAAAAGAGACAGUGUCUAUGGAUAGACGCAUUAUGUAUCAACCAGCAAGACCCGCGAGAGAAGACACAUCAGGUCCAGUUGAUGGGGAAGAUAUACUCAUCUGCUGAAUCGGUGGUUGUGUGGUUGGGA